AUGUGGAAAUUGGAGCUGAUUUUGAUCACCCUGCUCAUCUCGAGUGCUCCCGCCGCUGCACUUGGAGUGCCUCGACAGAGCUGCGAGCGCCCCUGCGCCCAGGGCACUGAAUGUGUUAAAGGAAAGUGUGUGGCGGUGUCAGAGUGCCCUUCGGGAUUCGGUCAAUGUGGCGCGGACGGCUGCGUCAAUCUUCUUAACGACGUUCGCCACUGCGGUGAAUGUGACAAUGAUUGCUGCCCAGGGUCCAACUGCAUCAACGGCGAAUGCGAGCUGAACGAUGGAUGCCCUGCCGGUCAGCUCCUAUGCGACACAGGUUGUACCAACACCUCAAACGACAAUCGCCACUGUGGAGCAUGUGGUAUCAAGUGCGGGCAAGGCAAGAACUGUCGCAAUGGAAAGUGCAGAUAA